CGCCCGCCCAAAUGCGCCUGGCUGUCCGGACGCUGCUGCAGGCCUACGUGCCGAGCAUUCGGUUCUCCAACACCCACCGUCUGUUCAAGGAGGUGAGCGGAAGCAGUUCUGCUUCUGCCUCCUCCACUGCCGGUGCCAAGGCUGGGGUCAACGUGGAGUCCGUCACUGUGGUGGAUUCCUGGGCUGACCUGCCCGCCUACUACGCGCCGCGACCCGUCGCCGAAUGGGAGAUGGAGGCGCUGGUCGACGGUGUCGCCGGCAACCACUAAUGGCGUCACAGGUAGAAGCCGAUCCGUUUGUGAGGGACUGCUAUGCGGCUCGACACUGUGUAGCCCUUGCACAACGGAUGAGCAAUCGGCACGCGACUGGUCCCGGUGGCCUACUUGUUCGAAACUGCUUACGACGAGAUAAAGACACGUUUAUGGUCC